GUUGUGGAACUCCUUGUCCCGCCUCUUCCACAUUUCUGGUCUGUGAUUGGCUGUCUGUGCCUGGCUGACCAAUAGGGUUCCUGUGCAGUGAUGUCACGUUUUUGCCGCUAAAGUCGAACCUCUGUAACGUCAGACACUAAAUCGCGAGUAAAAGCUCUCGAGUGGCACAGACUGGGCUCUGAUAAACCAUCAACUUCAGACAUCUGUCCAUCCAGACAGACAACAUGGGAAUUCAAGGCCUGUUGCAGUUUAUCAAAGACGCUUCGGAGCCCAUAAAUGUGAAGAAGUAUCGAGGACAGACAGUGGCGGUAGACACAUACUGCUGGCUGCAUAAAGGAGCUUUUUCAUGUGCAGAGAAACUUGCAAAAGGGGAACCUACAGAUCAGUAUGUGUCCUACUGUAUGAAGUUUGUGGACAUGCUGCUUUCUUUUGGAGUUAAGCCCAUCUUGGUUUUUGACGGACGCAACUUGCCCUCCAAACAGGAUGUGGAGAAGUCCCGGCGCGAGCGUAGACAGGCAAAUCUGCAGAAAGGCAAACAGUUGCUGCGGGAGGGUAAGAUAUCGGAAGCCAGAGAAUGCUUUACUCGCAGUGUUAAUAUCACCCCGUCCAUGGCACAUGAUGUCAUUAAGGCCGCCAGGACACGUGGAGUGGACUGUGUUGUUGCUCCAUAUGAAGCAGACGCCCAGUUAGCUUUCCUGAAUAAAUCUGGUAUCGCUCAGGCAGUGAUCACAGAGGACUCAGAUCUGCUGGCAUUUGGCUGCAAAAAGGUGAUUUUAAAGAUGGAUAAACAGGGUAAUGGAUUGGAGAUUGACCAAUGUCACCUGGGCCGUUGCAAGUCACUUGGCAACAUCUUCACAGAGGAGAAGUUCCGGUACAUGUGCAUCCUCUCUGGCUGCGACUAUCUGCCUUCUUUGUAUGGCAUCGGUCUGGGAAAGGCAUGCAAGCUUCUCAGGAUGGCAAAUAACCCAGAUAUUCUGAAGGUGAUAAAAAAGAUGGGUCAGUACCUGAAGAUGGACAUCUCUGUGCCAAAUGAGUACAUUGAGGGUUUCACAAAAGCCAACAACACAUUUCUGUAUCAGCUGGUCUUUGACCCCUUGAGGAGGAAGGUGGUUCCUUUGAACCCUUACCCAGAUCACAUUGACCCUGCUUCUCUCAGCUAUGCUGGAACUAAUGUAGGAGAUGAGAGUGGGCUGGAAAUGGCUCUUGGGAAUCUGGACAUUAACACAAUGCAAAGGAUAGAUGAUUUCAACCCUGACGCACCUCACAUUCAGCCCUCUAAAGGUGCUCGCAGUAGUACUUGGAAUGACAAAUGUGACAAAAGUGGCCCGCUGCAGACGAGUAUUUGGAGCAGGAACUAUGAACCAGGUGGCACCCAGCCACAGAGUCCUACCUCCCCCAAAAGACCCCCUCCCACCCAGGGCAAAGAGAGGGUCAUCAGUGUGCGGAGUCUAAAAUUACCCCAGAGGACAUCACAGGUGAAAAGACCCCAUGAAGAUGCAAGUCUCUCUGUGGACGACCUGUUAGGGCAGUACUCAGCUGGUGUAAAGAGACGCUGUCCUGAAACUCCUCCCGCUGCUGAGCCACUGACCACCCACACUAGUGUUUCUGAGGUGAAGGGCAGCACAGCUGGACAGUCUCGCCCUCGAAAUCGCUUUGCAACACUGUUGCAGUGGAGGAACCGAUCAGAAGAGGGCGCUGGAGAGCAGGGGACACGCAGCAGGUUCUUCUGUCAUGAUGAAUCCAAUAAGGCUGAGACACAGCAAGACUCGCCAAAACAAGAUUCACCUCAGCCUGUGGAGUCUCUAGAGAUGAGUGCCUCACAAUUUGGAGAAGACACACCAGCAUUGUGUCAGGACCCUGACUCAGAGAGAGAUCAGGCCAAAGAUGAGUUGUCCAGCCCACCUGCAUCUCCGUCUCGCUCUGCCAGGCCUGCUAGUUUGGGUCUUGGAGUCUUUAGCUGGUCAGGAAGCACCAGAGAACUCAGUAAAUCUGCUUCACAUCCACCCACUGUCAACACAGACAGACACCGGUCAUCCUCCACACCUUCAGGGUUGUCCACCCUGCAGCAGUUUCACAAAAAGAAGGGCAGCUUCUCCUGUGCAGGAUCUGGGCUUUCUCUCUCAUCCUCUCCUAUAGAGGGCACAGAUGAUGCAGAGAAAUCUCCUGGGUCUCCUCCGUCUCAGGACAGUGCAUAUUUCUCCCAGUCCAGCAGCAUCUCUGCUGGUGUGGAGGACUCCCUAGUCACAGAGGACAACUCUGAUAAGGAAAAGGAGAGAGAUUCAGAUGUCUCCAACAGCCCUAGCAGUUCUCCCACAGACAAGCUGAAACCUGCUCUGAACAGAACAAAGGUCUCAGGUUUGUCCCGGAAACGUCCUUGUGGGCAGGGUAAAAACUAUAAAAUUGAGACCUCUGCUCCUGCCAGGCCCAGCGGUCUCAGAAAGAAACUGAGUGGGAAAAAAAAUCCUGUCAACAAUGAGAACAGUCCAGGCCUGCAGGCCACCAUCAGCAGCCUCUGGGGGGCCUUCAGCUUCAAGAAGGACAAUCCAAAGUUAAGUGCAUGCAAGAAAGGAGAACCGAUGUCACCAGUCAGGGAGAAUGUGAUGACUGAAACCACUGAAGCAGAUAAAGAGAUUCUCAUCAUUGCAGAAUGAUGUCAUCUUUUCAAUCAUUAUUUCUCUUAAGAGUAACAGCCAGUCUUUUAAACAUACUGUGUAUGUUUAUGCUUUUUUUUAUGAUAAAUAAAAUACAAAUUUUAGUGUAAUUAUGAAUUUUGUUUUAUUUCAAGUCAAUAAAGACAUGAUUCUUUACCUUGA